GUUGCACAUAAUGUUUCUGUUUCUUCCCAUGGAACAUAAGGUAUUGGGGACUUUCAUCACAGAAUGGGAAGAUGGGAGGUUAAUGCCAACAAACUGCUAGCAACGAAGGAGUCUGCCCACAUGUAUGCUGAGCGCUUGACUGAACUAGCUACUGCUUUGGGAUUUGAUGGGUGGCUGGAAAAAUUAGCUCAUGGAUUGACCUGGAUUCAGAAGAUGAGAUACUCAGUGUUGAGUGUCAUUUCCUCAACUCACUUUCCUUUUGAUUUGUAUUCAAUCAAUGCCUUUUAUUCUAGGCAGGCUUGUCUUCUUCCUACUCCUAAAGGAGCAUCCUGUGCUAAUUAUGCUAGAUGUGUGAAUCAGAUUCUACAGAAUCUGACCAACAUGCAGGCUUGUCUUCUUCCUACUCCUAAAGGAGCAUCCUGUGCUAAUAAUGCUAGAUGCGUGAAUCAGAUUCUACAGAAUCUGACCAACAUGCAGUUAAAUUGA